AUGGAUCCUGCAGAACAGCUAGCCUUUGCUGCAAGAAAGGCAGAGCAGCUUGCGGCCACUCUGCGUCAGGGACGGCGUCCCAGGGAGGUGACCGUGGAUCCCGAAGUUGCUGCCUGUGCCGCGGAAAUUCGACAAAGCAUUCUCUCGAUGCAGCAGCCAGUGAGUGCUGCCGUGGCAGCAGAUCUUGUGGUCGGACUCUCUGCUUUUGCCAAGAUGAGGAUACUACACACAGAUAUGUUGAACAGCUUAAGGGACUUACCGCGCAAGACUUGGAUGGACUUGUCAAUGCCGAUCUUGGCAGAGGCCGUGACAUCGUACGCCCAGUUUCAGCUAGAGGAUCCCGAGUUCAACCAGUACUUGUCCGAUCUCCUCGUCUCUCGCGGUGUGCAGAGGAUAGGGGCAGCGAAGCUCGCAAAUCUGACUUACGCCGCGGCAACUCUGAAUUUGGGUGCUUUCGAGGGGGUGCAUUCCCUGUUUUCGGCAGCCUUUGCUGGAGCAGAGGUUGGCAGGCUGGGAACCUUUGAUCUCUCAAGGACUCUUUGGUCUCUUGCAAGGUUGGCGCCCGAUGUCUACGAGUCUGCGCCCCCUUGGGCCUUGAAGCUCUCGGAGGCUCUGCUGCGGCAAAAAAAGCCUCCCUUUGGCUACAGCUUGGGGCAAGUGCUCUGGGCCCUGCCGAGGCUGGGGUUGGUUAAGGACUCCGAGACCUUGUGGCAAAAAGUGAAAGGCAAGGCUGGGAGGGAGGCGUACGCGGAGAAGCUGCGACAGGCGGACAGCUCCAGCCAAGCAGAGCUUCUGCGUGGCCUUGCAGAAAACUGCGAAGCUGCUGGUCUGCAGGCUGCAGUGCUUAAUGCAGCAAUGCUGCGUGCCAUGGCCGCAGAGCAGAACUCUGCCGCGGAUCAGAUCUUGCAGCUCAUGGCUGACCGGGACCUUUGGACCCCUGUCACGUACCGCCUGGCUGCCAGACUCGGGAGCUCCAUUAAGGGAUCCCCAGCAGCGCCAGGACUAACAUCACCUGGCCAACGGGCUCACAAAUAUGUCCGAGCCUUGUAUCAUGCCCUGGCGAAGGCCAAACCUGGCGAUGCCGCAUCUGCGGCCGCUGCCCUCGAGAGUUUCUCGCGAAGCAGCAAGCGAGCCUGGCUGAAGUUCGGCGCUGCAGACGAGAAGGGCGAGGUUCUAGAAGAGGCUUGGAAAAGCCUGAGUCAAGGGCAGCCGCGCUUGGCUUUGGAGUUUGGGACCUUCCUUGGCUACUCAGCAACAAAGAUGGUCCGGCAACUCGGCAGGGACUCUCGGGUAAUCAGCUUUGAGAUGGACCCAGAAGUAGCGUGCCUCGCCAUGAACUUCGUGGAGCUCGCAGGGCUGAGUGACGUGAUCGACGUUCGCAUCGGCCAGUGUGAAGAUCUCGUUCAGCAGCUGAAAGAUGAGCUUCCACCUGGCUCUGUCGACGCUGUGUACAUGGACCACAACCAGAUGACAUAUCAUCAAGACCUGUCCCAGCUGCAAGAGAGCGGCCUCCUCUCGAAGGAGGUUCUCUUUGCAGCGACACAGGCGUUGAAGCCAGGUGCUCCCCUGCUGCUCUGGAAUUUGCAUGAGGCACAAAAGGCUGGCAUCUUCUCCGAGCUGGAUAUCGUGUCCUCACCCGAUUGUGGCUUCAAGGAGAUGGAAGACUGGACGGUCCUCGCCAAAGCUACAACCACAAGGACGAGAAGCUUGAAGCGCCGUCAAGCAGUCACAACUUCCAAAGCUCCCCGUGAGCUCACACUUCUUGCUGCAGAGUGCAACCUGAUGCGCUGGCGCACGGCUCAAGGCAUGGUCGAUGAAGCACGGUGGAACGAGUUUGUUCAGUAUGUGCGAGAUGGCAUGCAGAAGUUUGCAGGCAUCACGAGCACACGAGAUUACUGGCCAAACCAGCGGUGGCGAGAUGCUGCCCGGAAACACACGUACGAACGGCUGGACUACUGA